AUGGAAUGGAAGAAUACACUUAUUGUGUUGAUUUCUAAAGUUAAGAAUCCUUUAGUUCCAUCCAACUAUAGGCCAAUUAGUCUUUGCCAGACUAAUUAUAAGAUCGUUGCUUCUAUGCUAGUUAAUAGAUUAAAGAAGUGCAUUUCCACAAUGAUUUCAGAAGAACAAAUGGCAUUUAUUCCUGAUAGAUCUAUUUCAGAGCAUUGUUUGUUGGCUCAUGAAGUCUUUCACAAAUUUAAAAUUUCUAAGAACAAGAAAGGGUUGAUGGCUAUUAAGUUGGACAUGAAGCAGACGUAUGAUAGUAUGGGUUGGCCGACGCUUUGUCAAAUACUUAAAUGGUAUGGUUUUCCCACCUUUUUUUCUAAUGUUCUCAUGGAGUGUGUUGUGAAUGUAAGUUCUUUGAAACAAAGGGGGCAGGUUCUCGGUAUCCGUGUCUCUCAUGGUGUUCCUAAGAUCACACAUCUUCUUUAUGCAGAUGACGUACUAGUUUUCUCUCAGGUUUCAUUGGCCAUUGCUAAAGCCUUAAAGGUUAUUGUUGAGGACUUUUGUAAGUGGACGGGACAGAGAAUUAAUGCUAGUAAAUCUCAGAUUUUAUAUGGUAAAGCUGUUAGACACCAUUUGAAGAAGAAGAUUGCUAGAGUGAUUGGCUUCAAAGUUGUGAAAGAAAUGAGUUAUUUGGGUGUGAGGAUUUAUCUUAACUUGUUAAGGAUGGCAGAUUUCCAAGAAUUGUUGAGCCAGGUUAUGGAAAGACUUAAUACUUGGGGGAAGAAGUCUUUGCCAAUGGGAGAGGCUUUAUAUGGCAUAAACCUGAUGGGAAGAGGAGUAUGCAUUAUGUUGCUUGGGGGGGAGAUAUGUAAACCAAGAGAUAUCGGGGGGCUGGGAGUGCAUUCUCCUAUGCUUAGAAUUGGUUCUCUCAGAGCAAGACUGACGUGUAAUUACCUACAUAAGCCAGAAUCUCUGUUUCAUAGAACCGUCAGGGCCAAGUAUGGAACUGAUGUGAUGAAUGGUUCACACAUGAAGACCAGCUCUAGUGCGUGGAAGAUUCUACUGGAUGGUGGAAGGAAUUUGAGAAAUGUUGUAAAGUGGAAGGUGGGAAAUGAUUGUAAGAUAAAUGUACUUAAAGAUGUAUGGUUGCUAGACAAAUGUAUGGAUAUGUGGCCUACAUUUGCGAAUUGUGCUGCAUUGGAAGAUAUGAUUGUACAACAUCUUAUAUCAGAUGGCAGCUGGAACUAUGAUUUGCUUCAGCAGUUGUUCCAUACAGAUCUUGUUUUAUUAAUUAGUCAAAUUCAAAUUGAUUCUAAUAGGGUGGAGGAUCAGUUGGAAUUGCUAAGUAUGUUUUCGGGUAAAACAAUUUCAGCCUUGUCAUACGAGAACUUGAUGAAGUAUAGAUAUCCUGAUGAUGAUGAUGGAUAUGGUAAUGGGCUUAAGAAGUUGAAACUCAAUAAGAAGGUGGAGAUUUCCUGGUGGAGGCUUAGCAAAUCUGCGAUUCCCACCAAUUACUUUCUUAAAUACCGCAGAAUUUCCUUUAAUGACCAGUGUGCUAGAGGAUGUCAGAUGUUUGAGGACUAUGAGCAUAUCAUGGUUAUGUGUAGAUAUUUUGUUGAUACUAUUGUGAAAUUGCGUGAUUGGGAAAUUACUAAAGCCUUUUGGAGGGCAAACCUUACGAAGCCCAAAGGAGAUGAUCUAAAAGAUGAUCCAGAGGAGGACAAUCCACUUGAAGAUGAAGACUUCAAGAUGAAAUGUCUUGCUUUUAAGACUUGCAUCAUUCAGUAUGAUUAG